CCUGAAGGUCUCUUCGUUUAUUCCCCCCUCUCCCUCCCUGUUUCUCCCCCCCCGCACUCCCUCCCCUCCCUCCCGGAGAAGGUAGCGGGGGGUAAGAGGUUAUGGACGUGUGCCCUGAGGCCGCUGGGUAUUUAUGGGGAGGAGUGCCCCCUUCUGGCCGGGAUUUACCAUCAGGCUCAGCGUCUGGGGGGGCAGCUCUAUCGCCUGGGACCAGCCAACGCCUUCACCGGCCGGGUCUAUGUGGGUAAUGUGGCCUGGAUGCACGUGUUGGCAGCUCAGACCCUGAGGGACAGGCCCGCCUCACUCAGCGGCCAGGCCUACUAUUGCACGGACGCCUCCCCGGACAGGAGUCACAUGGAUUUCAACAUGGAGCUGCUGGGGCCCGCUGGGGUGCGGCUGGUGGGCCAGGGUGGUCCUGUCCUCCCUCUGGCCCUGACCCACUGCCUGGUCUGGCUGCUGCAGCUGCUGCAGUGGGUGCUCAGCCCUUUCCUCACCUUCGCCCCCUUCCUCAACCGCCACACCCUGGCCAUGGCGUCCACCACCUUCACCGUGCGCACCCAGAAGGCCUGGCACCACUUCGGAUACCGCCCGCUCUACACCUGGGAGGAGGCACGGGAUCGCACUGUGCGCUGGCUGCGCUCACUCCCCAAGGCGGCAUCGAGGGGCCCCGGAGGACCAGGACCGAGCUAAUCCCAACCGCCCUUUCGGCGCAGAGUCCCACCACUGAGCGAACUCCAUGUGCUUCCAGAGCUCCGAUCUGCGGUCCGUUCUGUGUUUUAUAUCAGACUCCCUCUGAUCCAUUCCCUGUUUUAUAUCAGACUCCCUCUGAUCCAUUCCGUGUUUUAUACCAGACUCUCUCUCUGAUCCAUUCCGUGUUUUACAUCA